UCGGGCCGGGAGCUAAAUUGGUUGCCUUGCACUAGUUUUCGGCUCGGUCGAGGGCGCAGGAGAGUCUCGUACGGUAUUCCGGUGUGAAUGAGCCCCCAAGUUGAUAUUAUUCAGUAUGAUACCGGUAUCAUCGUGCCCUGUUGUACUCGUAGCAACUUCGGGCUUAAGCGAUGUUGCCCUCGAGCAUCGGAUAUGUACGAGCACAACGGCCACUCGAGCACUUGUACCCGUACCAAUAUUGCGCAAUUUGGGUCCGUGUGGGGCGGGUGCUCGUGAGAAUUGCAAAGUGAAAUCCUGUUUCAUAAAAGCAUUUUGCUGAGUGGCUGUGUGGCUCCGGGGUGGUCCACACAUGCUGCUUCUGGGGCUUUUCGGGCCCACUCGAGAGCAACCUUUCGAGACAUUCCGUCGGCAGGUGACACAUGCAGUAUGCAGAAAAACGGCACUUUCCUCCCUCCGGAUUUAUUGGUUUUUUUUUUCUUUGAUUUUGUUGGUGUUGGGGAGUACCGGUAGGGUACAAAUACAGCGCACUUCUGCUCGGAUGUGUCAGAAGAAAUCGGAAAACUGCUUUUGCUGAUCCCAUACAAGUUCCCGUAGCACGUAAGGGUUAUGUUUUCUGAUCCUGACGGACACACCCGACCACUCGCAUCCCCCCGACGCCCAGGCACUUGGAAAUAACUUGACAUAGCCGUAUAGAAAAGUAUUCCGCGACGAGGCAAAGAUGAUCAAAGGCAAGCAGAGGGCUAUUGAGGUAGAUGUGAGUUUUCUUUCUUUCAUCCCAGCUGCGCGGUUUUCUUCCCUUCCUUCCUUCCUUCCUUUUUCCCCUUCAGUUUUUGAGGGGAGCUGGUGCUAAUUGGGGUUGUUAGCGAUACUACGAGACGGAUAGUGGAGAGUAUGCGCCGCCUUUGGAGCUUGGGUUGGGUUGGAUAGGGUUUAGGGAGCUAGAUCUUGAUUGGGUAUUGACUGUUUUGGUACCGGUAGGUCUACUGAGACCACUUCACUGUCUCCCUCAAUCACCGAUUAUGUCGUUGAUAAUGGUCGUCGAUAUAACGCGUAAGUGACUAUCCGCUGCCUUUUGGAUUUCCGGACUAAUAGACCAUGUAGAAAAUACCACGAUGGGUACUACCCUUUCCCGAAUGAUGAGGUAAUGGCUCUUCCGGCACGGCGACGACUUUAGAAUUCUCCAGUUAACCCCGCGUAGAGGGAAAACGCCCGCAUGGAGCUAGUCCACCACGUAUAUAACAGUCUUUUCGGUGGAAGGCUAUACUUUGCUCCGCUUAGGACGCCGAAACGGGUCCUGGACGUGGGGACGGGGACCGGAAACUGGGCAAUCGACAUGGCAGAUACUCACAGGGACACGGCAAUUAUCGGAACGGACAUCUCCCCAAUCCAACCAAGCUGGUCCCCACCGAACCUAAAGUUCGAGAUCGAUGACGCAGAAGCCGAAUGGAAUUUUGCCAAUGGUUCCUUCGACUAUGUUCAUUUCCGCCACUUGAUAGGGAGUAUCGUGGAUUGGCCGAGGUUGAUUAAGCAGAGCUACGAGUAUGUUAUUUUUUCGCCCUCUCCCUCCGCGGUCAUCAUGUGCCGUGGCUGACGGGUGAACACAGCUCCCUGAGACCCGGCGGCUGGAUCGAAGGUCAAGAGUGCUACUUCUACCCUACCAGCGACGACUCUAGCCUGCCAGAAGACUCGGCCUUCAAGCGCUGGCACGACUACCUCACCGAAGCCUCCAUCAAGUCGAACCGACGGCUGCUCACGGCCGCCAAGAUAAAAGGCUGGUUCGUGGAGGCCGGGUUCGUGGACGUGGUGGAGACCGUUAUAAAAUUGCCCAACGGACCGUGGCCCAAGAACCCGCGAAUGAAGGAGAUUGGCGCGUACCAGAUGUCCGCACUACUCGAUGGGCUGGACGCUAUAUCGUUGAGCCUGUUCACGCGCGUGCUCGGGUGGGACAUUGAGGAUGUGGAUUCCUUCCUCACGGAGGUGAAGGCGCACUUGAAGAAUAAGGGGGUUCAUAGUUAUUACCCUGUGUUAGUAUUUCCCUUUUCACCUCCUCGCGGGAAGUGUGGAGUACUGACCGUGGACAGGCAUGUGAUAUACGGGCGAAAACCGCGGUGAAUUUUAUUUCUCUCUUG